CGCGCCGGCCCCGCUGCAGUGAGGGAGAACCAGCGAGCGAGCGAGCGAGCCGAGCAUCUGGAGGAGCUGUGACCGGUCAGGGGAGGCGGUGGACGGGGAGAGAAAGAGAGAGAGGAAGGAAGGAAGGAAGGAAGGCAGGAAGGAGGCUCCGGGAGGACGAGACGAGAGGGGAGGAAGAAAAAAAGGAGGCCCUCCCUGGACACGGGGGGACGUCGGAAGAAGAGAGGAGAGGGCUCAUCUAAUUUUUUGUUCACUUUUUAAUUUAAAUUUUUGGAGUUCGCCAUCCACCAUCUCCCGCCCCACUCACCAUGCCGUCCAAUGCCGUCAUGGCUGCGUUCAAAGGCUCCGACUCGACGGGAAGCAGAACGCAGAGUGAAAGCACGACGACAGCCGACAUGCAGCCCAUGACGGAUGAGGUUCACAACGUUAGUGUCAAGCCGGCGCGGAAACGCAAACAUCUCAUCACGGAAAGCGUCAGCAACUCCUUCCAAGAUGGCGUCCAGGCCCGCCCCGGGGCCCUGGCGGCCCUCCACAACGGCGACGCGGGCGGCCACGUUCCAAAUCGGACGUCCGACGUCCUCAAGCCGGAGAGGAGGGAAGCGGUGAACGGGAUCCUCAGGGAGCUUUCAUCCUCCCCAUCCCCCUCCUCCUCCUCUUCCUCCUCCUCCUCGUCCUUCACUUAUUCUUCCUCCUGCCGGCCAGAGGACGGCGUCCAAGGUCCGAGUCCCGACGAGAGGGACGACCGGACAGCGCCGCACAAAAAGCGAGCGAGGCGGAAACUGGAGCGACCCACCAAAUAUGUGGAACACACGGAGCAAGAUGACAGCGAAGUGGUCAAGAGUGAGGGAGAUCGUGGGAGGCUGCGCGGGGGAGUUGGCGGGGAGAUCAGCCUUCGUCAGAGGCCCGUGCCCAGAAUAACCUUCCAGGCCGGAGACCCUUAUUACAUUAGCAAGCGGACCCGAGAGGAGUGGCUGGCCAAGUGGAAGAUGGAGGCAGAGAAAAAGGCCAAACUGAUGUCAGCUAUGAAUACGAUAACGGAUCCGGAGCCAGGCAAGGAAAGCGAAAGAUCAGAACAGGACAUUUCACCCAGUCAACGUCUGUCAGCUCUCAAAGCGCCUCCACAGGAGCUCCGCCAGCCUCUGCAGCAACGCCAGUCUCCGCCGCCUCCGUGUCCGCCUCAGCAGCAACCGCAACUGUCUUUGCCACAACAACAACAGCAGCAACAGCCUACAGAGCCCGCCUCACCUACGGUGGCCACCACCCCUGAGCCCGUCGUCAUUGUAGGUGGAGACAAGACUUCCCCCAAGGCUGCAGACACUGAACCCGAGUAUGAGGACGAUCGUGGUUUUGGCAUUGGCGACCUGGUCUGGGGAAAGCUGAGAGGGUUCUCUUGGUGGCCGGGGCGAAUCGUGUCCUGGUGGAUGACGGGGCGCAGCAGAGCCGCAGAGGGGACCAGAUGGGUCAUGUGGUUUGGGGAUGGCAAAUUCUCAGUGGUUUGUGUUGAAAAACUCUUGCCCCUCAGUUCCUUCAACAAUGCCUUUCACCAACCGACCUACAACAAGCAGCCCAUGUACAAAAAAGCAAUCUACGAGGUGCUACAGGUCGCCAGCAGCCGCGCAGGCAAAGCCUUCACGCUCCGUCCAGACAGCGACCACAGCGAUAGCUCCAAAUCUGUGGACCUCUUGAACAAGGAGAUGAUCCAGUGGGCUUCAGCCGGGUUUCAGCCGACCGGACCCAAAGGCUUGGAGCCACCGGAGGAAGAGCGCAACCCAUACAAGGAGGUCUAUCCAGAGAUGUGGGUGGAGCCUGAAGCCGCCUCCUACACGCCGCCACCACCGCCCGCUAAGAAGCCUCGAAAGAGCAACCAAGAGAAACCCAGGGUCAAGGACAUCAUCGACGACGGAACGCGAGAGCGACUCAUCUACGAAGUGAGACAAAAGUGCCGCAGCAUCGAAGACAUCUGCAUCUCCUGCGGGAGUCUAAAUGUUAGCCUGGAGCACCCGCUGUUUGCGGGAGGAAUGUGCCUGGGCUGCAAGAACUGCUUCUUGGAGUGCGCCUACCAGUAUGACGACGAUGGCUAUCAGUCGUACUGCACCAUCUGUUGCGGCGGACGCGAGGUCCUCAUGUGCGGCAACAACAACUGCUGCCGGUGCUUCUGUGUGGAGUGCGUGGACCUCCUGGUGGGCCAGGGCGCCGCCCACGCUGCCAUCAAGGAGGACCCGUGGAACUGCUACAUGUGCGGCCACAAGGGGGCGUACGGUCUACUGGACCGCCGCCCCGAUUGGACCUGCCGCCUGCAGCAUUUCUUCGCCAACAACCACGACCAGGAUUUCCAACCGACAAAGCUCUACCCACCCAUCGGGGUGGAUAAGAGGAAGCCAAUCAGAGUCCUGUCGCUAUUCGACGGCAUAGCAACGGGGCUGCUGGUGCUGCGUGAGCUGGGCAUCCAGGUAGAGCGCUACGUGGCCUCGGAGGUGUGCGAGGACUCCAUCACGGUGGGGCUCGUGCGGCAUCAGGGCCGCAUCAUGUACGUGGGCGACGUCAGGAGCGUCACGCGCAAACACAUCAAAGAGUGGGGUCCUUUUGAUCUGGUCAUCGGUGGGAGUCCAUGCAACGACCUCUCCAUCGUCAACCCCGCGAGGAAAGGCCUUUACGAGGGCACGGGCCGCUUGUUCUUUGAGUUCUACAGGCUGCUGCACGAGGCUCGGCCCAAGACGGGGGACGAGCGGCCUUUCUUUUGGCUCUUUGAGAAUGUGGUGGCCAUGGGCGUCAGUGACAAGAGGGACAUAUCUCGAUUUCUGGAGUGCAACCCGGUGAUGAUCGAUGCCAAGGAAGUGUCGGCCGCCCACCGCGCCCGCUACUUCUGGGGUAACCUUCCUGGCAUGAACAGGUCGGUGGGUGAAUGGCCUCUGGCGGCCAUGUGCAAUGACAAGUUGGACCUGCAGGACUGCUUAGAACACGGCAGAACCGCCAAGUUUGACAAGGUGAGGACCAUCACCACCAGGUCCAACUCCAUCAAGCAGGGCAAGGACCACCACUUCCCUGUCUUCAUGAACGAGAAAGAGGACAUACUGUGGUGCACCGAGAUGGAGAGGAUCUUUGGCUUUCCGGUCCACUACACGGACGUGUCCAACAUGAGCCGACUGGCCCGGCAGCGUCUGCUGGGCCGAUCGUGGAGCGUUCCCGUCAUCCGCCACCUCUUUGCACCGCUCAAAGAUUACUUUGCUUGCGGCUGAGCGCCCGUUUUGCGACGUCAGAGCCUUGAGCCUCCGGAGUUUCACACUCGGUGUAGACCUCACACUUUCUAUUUGUUAUUCUAAUUUAAUUUUUUUAGCAGUGUUAUUAUCACCUCAAUUUGUUUUUGUGCAAGCUAUACUUGAGACUAUGCUUUCGGAGAAGAGCUAAACACGGGGCGAGCGUACUGUAUGUUUUUUGCUGUGCUUCCGGCGUAAAGGGAGCUCCAAGAAUCCCAAAAAAAAAAAAAAAAAACACAGAGAUCACAUAUACCUCGUCGUUUACAGCUUCUGAAGGUAAUAACAUAAAAAAAAAAGGUACUACUACUACUGUAAUAUGGCUACAAUGCCGUGGUGCUCAGCAACGGCGGGAAAUAUCGUCUUUGCUUGAAAAAACAAACAAGUGUUGAAGACGCUUGUGCUUUUUUGCAGCUUUUCUACAAGUUCUUAAUGGUGCUCACUUGUUCACAACUCGCCUUCCUCAAGUGCACAAACUAAGCUCAGAGACGACGUUUCCCGCCGUUGGAAAAAAUAACGUCGCGUUCCAAAUUGAGCGACGACAUUCACUGUACAUUUAGUGUGAGGUGCAGAAAA